AGAGAGAGAGAGAGAAGAAGAAGCAAAAGCAACAAAGACAACAGAUGAAGAUAGGAACAAUAGCGAAACGUUUUCUCGAAACAAUUUUUUAAAAACAAAAAAACAAAUUAUUCUACAUUCAAACUAAAAAAAAAAAAACAAAAAAACCAUUGACAAAUAAUAAAUUACUAUUUUUUUUACCCACCAAUCUUUUACCUUUCCUUUUUGACACCAUCUCUCUCUCAUCGAUCUUUUGUCCCUCUCUCUCUUCCUUCAAAAGUCUCAAAUUUGUACUCUCUCAGCAUUAUAUUCGUUGUCCAUAGAUUUUUUCCCCUUAAUUUUUGAUUCAUAAGCUGAUAUUUUCAUUCAAUUUUGUUGAAUCUUAUUGAUAUUGAGCAAUGUAGGUUCUUGAUAUUACAAUUAAAGAUUUAGUUGAAAUCUGGGUGGUAGAUCUGUGAUUGAAGGGAAGAUCUGGCUGGUUUCAAGUUAGUUUUGAUAUGAUUGUUAUAGAUAAAAUUCAUUGUUGAGUGAAGAAAUAAGUGUGUGGUCAAUUGGUAUUGUGAAUUUGGAGAAUUGGAAAGAAUUGAAUGUGGUUGAAGUUAGGGAUUGGGUCUAACUGGUUGAAAAAGGGUUGAGACUGUUUUUGUUUUUGUGAUUUUUGGGCAAUUGGGUUUGUGGUUUUGGACACAAUUUAAUCAUGGAUCAUGUGAUUGGUGGUAAGUUCAAGAUGGGAAGAAAGAUUGGCAGUGGAUCUUUCGGCGAGCUCUAUCUGGGUGUUAACAUACAGACUGGAGAGGAAGUUGCAAUUAAGAUGCCUUGCAACUGAAUCAGCUUCUUUAUCUUUGGUGCCAACAAUUAUAAAUUGUUUUUCCCAAUUUACUGCAUGAAAACCAAUGAGGAAUCUGCAAAAACCAAGCACCCUCAGCUUCACUAUGAGUCCAAAUUGUACAUGCUCCUGCAAGGAGGAACGGGAGUUCCCCAUCUGAAGUGGUUUGGACUUGAUGGCGAGUACAAUGUCAUGGUUAUUGACCUUCUCGGUCCUAGUCUUGAAGACUUGUUCAACUAUUGCAAUCGAAAACUCUCUUUGAAAACGGUGUUGAUGCUAGCAGAUCAGUUAAUUAACAGAGUUGAGUAUAUGCACUCAAGGGGUUUUCUUCACCGGGAUAUAAAGCCUGAUAAUUUUCUAAUGGGUUUGGGACGAAAAGCAAAUCAGGUGUAUAUCAUCGACUACGGCCUUGCAAAAAAGUAUAGGGAUCUUCAAACUCAUAAGCACAUACCAUACAGGGAAAACAAGAAUCUUACAGGCACAGCUCGGUAUGCUAGUGUCAACACUCACCUUGGAGUUGAGCAAAGCAGAAGAGAUGAUCUGGAAUCUCUUGGUUAUGUGCUUAUGUAUUUCCUCAGGGGCAGCCUUCCCUGGCAGGGGUUAAAGGCUGGAACCAAAAAGCAGAAAUAUGACAAGAUUAGUGAAAAGAAGAUGCUUACUUCAAUAGAGGUCCUUUGCAAGGGUUAUCCAUCAGAGUUCAUAUCAUACUUCCAUUAUUGCCGAUCAUUACGAUUUGAGGAUAAACCAGAUUAUGCUUAUCUGAAGAGACUCUUCCGGGACUUAUUUAUUCGAGAAGGUUAUCAGUUUGAUUACGUAUUUGAUUGGACAAUAUUGAAGUACCCUCAGAUUGGUGCUAGUUCAAGACAAAGGCAGGCAGGGGUAAACCCAGUUUUGAAUGCUGGACCAUCUGGUGAAAGAGCGGAAAGGCCUUCAGUGGGACAAGAGAUUCGGGAUAGAUUCUCAGGUGCCGUGGAAGCAUUUGGUAGAAGAAACACAUCAGGUAGUGGUUUUCACGGUGAUCAUUCAAGGCACAAAGCGUCAAAUGACAUAACAUCUUCCAAGGAUGUGCAACUCGAUUCUGAGAGGGGAGGCCGCACUUUUUCCUCUCAGCAUGGAAGCACAUCAAAACGGGGUAUAAUUUCAAGUUUCAGACCGAGCUCUUCUGAGCCCACUGAAGGUCGAUCAAGCAGGUUGGUCUCGGGCAAUGGAAGACUGUCCACUAGCCAAAGGUUCCAAGCUGGAUCCGAGCCCAGGGGAAUGCCCUUUUCGCGUGCUACAUCCUCAAAACCCCAUGAUGGUUCUCUUCGGAGCUUUGAGCUCCUCACAAUUGGGACAGACAAGAGGAAGUGAAAAUAAAAAACUUUUUUCAUUUAAUUGGAAAAUGGUAUUGUAUUGGGAAAAUCCAUACAUUGCUAUUGCUGCUGGUAUCUUAGCAAGCAAAUAUAUAUAUACACGAUGUUCUGGCGUAUUAUUCUUUUUGCAAGUUUCUCUUUCUUGGAGAAGGGUGAAAUAUAUCUCGUCUUUGUUUUUAGGGUUUAUUUUAAUUUGUUGUAGAUUUGCUCUGAUAGAGCUAGUUUUUUUUUGCUCUGGGAAAUUGUAUAUUCCUGAUAUCCUCAUUUUUGGGCAUCCUUUGUGCUGUUUUUGUAUGUUUAUGCUUUCUUAUAUUUUGCAUUUUAGGAAAUAUGAAUUUGAUGCAAGCUUGAUUCC